AUGAUUAAGAAGCCGAAUGGGAAGUACAGAUUUUGUUUAGAUUUUAGAAAAGUCAAUAAUGUCACUAAAAAGGAUUUAUACCCAGUACCGAUUAUGGCAGAAAUUUUGGACACCUUACGUUCAACGAAAUAUAUUUUCAAAAUAGACCAACAUUCGGCUUAUAAUCAAAUACCACUGGAAUCAAAUUCCCGAGAAAUUACAGCAUUUAUGGUUCCAGGAAAAGGAUUUGUUGUAAAUGGCAGGGGCUUACAGAUUGAUGAGGAUAAAAUAAAACCAAUUCUGGAUUUCCCACGUCCGAAAACAGUCAAGCAACUGCAGCUUUUGAUAGAAAUGGCUUCGUGGUACAGGCGACUUAUGCCACAUUUUUCUGAAAUUAUAGAUUUUAGACAACCCUUCCAGUUGGAAACCGAUGCAAGUGAUAUAAACCUAGGAGCUGUACUCACUCAGAUAAUCGAAGGAAAUCAAAUCGUUAUAGCUUAUGCCAGUAGACGCUUAAAUGAAGCGGAGCAAAAAAAAUUCAGCAUCUGA